AUGCCUCCCCAAAAGCUCAAAAUUGGCGUCGCCGGUCUCGGACGCAUGGGCAAGCGACAUGCCCUCAACUUUUUCCAGUCGGUCCCUCGAGCGGAGCUUGUUGCCGUCUCUACACCAGAUGCGCAGGAGCGGGAAUGGGCCGAGGAACAUUUGGCCCCCUCCGGAGUUCGUGUCUACGACGACUACGAUGACAUGCUGAAGCAAAACGGUCUCGAGGCCGUCUGCAUCGCCUCAGCUACGGCCGUCCACGCGCCGCAGGCCAUCGCCGCCAUUGCGGCCGGCAAACACGUCCUCUGCGAGAAGCCUCUGGCCACCUCUGCUGAAGUGUCGCAAACAGUUGUUGACGCUGCCGCCCGCCGGCCCGACCUCAAAGUCAUGUGCGGCUUCUCCCGGCGAUUCGACGACAGCUACCGCGACGCCCAUGCCAAGAUGAAGGCCGGGCUCAUCGGACGGCCGUCUGUUUUCCGAAGCCAGACCUGCGACAUGCUUGACCCUUCUGGAUUCUUCGUCGCGUAUGCCCAGUACAGCGGCGGCAUCUUUGUCGACUGCUCCAUCCACGACAUUGACCUGGCACUGUGGUUCUUUGGCGAGGACGGCGAGAGCAAGGUUAAGUCUGUCAGUGCCGUGGGCAUCACCGCCGUCGAGCCCGACCUGCGCAAGUACAACGACCGCGACAACGCCGUCGGCCUGAUUGAGUUUGUCGACGGCCGCAUCGUGUACCUCUACUGCUCCAGGAUGAUGGCCGCGGGCCAGGAGGACACGACCGAGAUCAUCGGCACCAAGGGCAAGAUUGGCGUAAACACGAUCCCCACGGCGAACCUGGUCCGCGUCUACGAGCCCAAUGGCAUCAGGCACGAGGUUCCCAAGACGUACUGGGACCGAUUCAAGAAUGCCUUCAACACAGAGGCCAAUGAGUUCACCGCCUGCUGCUUGGACGACACUGAGGUGCCCGUCAAGCUGGCAACCGCAGUGGCUGCCGUAAAGAUUGGCGCGGCUCUGCAGGAGUCGAUGAUUUCUGGUGACAAGAUUUGGUUUAACAAAGAGGGCGAGCGUGUUGAGCGAUCACAGCUGUAA